AUGCCGCUCGACUCCGGUUCGGCGGGCGCGAGCUCACUAGCGAACAACGCUAUUGCGUGGAGGAGGCGACGAGGUACAAUAAAGGCUUCAUGUACGCGAAUCGAAACAUUUGUCAAUAGCGUGAAUGAAGUAACUCCGGAAAUCGCGGCUCAGUUAGAAGAAAGACGGUCGCGGUUAGAAAUAAUUUUUAACGAAUAUGACGAUAUACAAUCUAAAAUCGAAUCAAUAGAAGGAGGUAACGAAGAAGUUAGCGAUAGAGCGAAUUUCGAGGAGGCGUAUUAUGCGUUGUGUGCGCAAAUUCGACAAUUAAUGAGGCCCGCAUCAGCGCAACCGGUAGUACAGCCGCGGGCGUCGCGAAGCCCAACGCAGUACAGUACGGAGCAUGCUGCCCACGUGCGUUUACCAAAGAUUAAUCUACCUAAUUUUUGUGGAAAUUACGACGAAUGGUUUCCUUUCUAUGAUUCAUUUAAGACAUUAAUUCAUAAUAACGAAUCGUUAAGUAACAUUCAAAAAUUCCAAUAUUUGCGAUCGUCCUUGGCCGGCCAGGCAAUAAAUGUUGUGAACGCUUUGGAAAUAUCGGAGCGGAAUUACGACCUCACUUGGAGUUUGCUUAAGGAACGAUACGAUAACAAACGAAUCAUCGUUCAAUCGCAUGUAAAGGCCAUGCUAGAGCUAACGGCAAUAAACAAAGAAAAUGCUAACGGAUUAAGGCAAAUAUCGGAUGGCGUUUCAAGACAUAUACGGGCAUUGACCGCGCUGGGACGUCCAGCUGACAAGUGGGACGACCUCUUAAUCUAUAUUAUAAGCGCGAAAUUAGAUUCCGUUACCUCUCGAGAGUGGCAUGCCUCACUGAAGGGCACAGAGUUACCCACACUGAAACAAUUUUUAGAGUUUGUUGCUCACCGCUGCCAGACCUUGGAGGUGGUGAGCAAGAGAGACGUGAGCGUGCCUGGUCGAGCGGGUGCGCGGGCACAGGGUGGCAAUGGCGGACGGCAAGCGGCGUGUGUCGCUACGGUUCGCGGCAAGUGCUAUUAUUGUAUGGGCGAGCACACGGUUUAUGCGCGCAAGGAGUUUUUAAAGUUGCCCAUUGAUCGGCGAAUAACUGAGAUGCGUCGACGAAAAAUUUGCCUAAACUGCCUGCGCACCUCGACACACGCGGCCAACAAAUGUGCGUCGGGCGGUUGCAGAACGUGCGGGUUAAAGCACAACACUUUUUUGCAUUCGACGCGCGAGCCGGGGGGCGAUGGCACGAAUCCGCGCGGCAAUGAGUCAGACGGAUCGUCCGGGACGGUGAAUACGGCUAGCGUUAGCGCGCACGCGGCGGUCGAGCGGAGCGGACGGGACGUGCUAUUGUCUACGGCGAUUAUCUAUGUUUAUGAUAAAAACAAUACACGCAGAAUGUGUCGAGUUCUCCUCGAUUCUGGCUCGCAAGUAAAUUUCAUAACGGGCGAAUUUCUCGGUGCCCUGCGUCUCGCGCCGCGACCGACGAGUAUAUCUAUUUCCGGUAUAGGCGGUGCGUCGUCAAUGUCAAAUCAAAUAGCCAAUGUGAAACUAAGAUCACGCGUGAAUUCGUUUACGGCAAACAUAGACUGCGUGGUUGCAGAUCGAAUCACGGACGGAAUACCCGCGACCACCAUAAAGCGCCGGGCAUUUAAACUGCCGGCCGGAAUUAAACUCGCAGACCCGCAAUUCAACAUGUCGGCAAGUGUAGACAUGUUGAUCGGCACGGAGUUGUUCUGGCGGUUGUUAUGCGUGGGACAAAUCGCGGCUAAUUCUGAUCAUCCGACACUGCAGAAAACGCGUCUCGGCUGGAUUCUCGCUGGACGCACCAUCGACGACUCAUCUCCAACUAGCGAGGCGCGCGUAUUGCACGCGGCCGUUAGCAACGCCAUGUUGCACACGCAAUUAGAAAGAUUUUGGCAGACGGAGGAAAUCGCGAACGGUCCGUGUGGGCACUCGAUGGACGAGCGUGCGUGUGAGUCGCAUUUUAUGGAGAACGCGCGUAUUAACGAGCAGGGAAGGUACAUAGUGAAAUUACCAAUAAAACCGGACGUCUUUUGCCGGAUCGGCGAGUCGCGAAAGAUUGCCCUGAAACGAUUUUACAAUUUGGAGAAACGUCUCGAGUCUGAUUCCGGCUUCCGGGAGUCCUACGCGCGAUUUUUGCGAGAGUACGAGCGAUUGGGACAUAUGCGACGGGUUACGGCGGCCGACCAUGACGAAGGAACGACAGUUUAUCUACCGCAUCACGGCGUAAUGAAGAGCGGAAAGUUACGAGUGGUCUUCGACGCGUCGUGUAAAACGAGCACGGGAUAUUCACUUAAUGAUGCGUUAAUGGUCGGGCCAAUGAUACAGGAGGACCUUAUAACUAUUCUGACACGGUUCCGCUCAUUUGCUUAUGCGUUUGCCGCGGACGUGAUAAAAAUGUAUCGACAAAUAUUGCUCGACGGUUCGCAAACGAGACUGCAACGAAUACUAUGGCGCGACAAUCCAAAGGCGCCGGUUGAUACGUACGAAUUACUCACGGUGACGUAUGGAACGAGCUCCGCAUCGUUCCUCGCGACGCGAUGCCUGAAAGAUCUGGGGGAAAAAUAUGCCUCGGAAUUUCCAUUGGGAUCAAGAUGCGUGACUCGCGAUUUCUACGUGGACGAUCUGCUCACGGGGGCCGACACGAAACGCGAGGCGGAACGCGCGCGCAAGGAGGUGGUAAAGUUGCUGGCACGCGGUCGGUUCGAGCUGAGCAAAUGGGCAUCUAAUUACUCCGAAACACUAAAUGAUGACGGGGACGAACCACGGGGCAGAGCGCUGGGCAAAGAGGAUGGACAUAAGGUGCUCGGAAUAUUUUGGGAACCGCGCGACGAUAAGUUCAGAUUUCAAUACGAGCAGGGGGCGAGGGGCAUUCGAGGUACAAAACGCGCGAUAUUGGCGGAAACCGCGAGCCUGUUCGAUCCGUUGGGGCUAUUAGGUCCGAUAAUAAUAAUAGCAAAAAUAAUUAUGCAGGAUAUCUGGCAGUCCGGGCUCGAAUGGGACGAGUCCCUGCCGGAAGAAAGAUGGAAAAAAUUCCGGGAGCAAUUACCGCACGUGAAUCAGCUGCGCCUGCCUCGUUGGACAGGUUUCAGCGGGGGGGGGGCGGCGCGCGUGCAGAUACAUGGUUUCUGCGACGCAAGCGAGCGCGCGUACGGCGCGUGCGUGUACAUACGGAGAGAAUCGACAAACAGACAGCCGCGAAUUGAACUAUUAAUUUCCAAAUCACGAGUCGCUCCUGUAAAAGCAAUAUCUAUACCACGAUUGGAGCUAAACGCGGCAUUAUUGUUGGCUAGGCUAAUUGAAAAAAUCAGAUCGGCGAUCAAUUUGUCGAGAACGAAAUUAUUCUUGUGGACGGAUUCCACCAUAGCAUUACAGUGGAUUUCUUCUCCGUCGCGGAAAUGGGCGACUUUUGUGGCGAACCGCGUGGGGGAAAUUCAGAGUCUCACCAGGGUUUCGAGUUGGCGUCACGUGCCGUCGGCGGACAAUCCGGCGGACGUCCUGUCGCGCGGAAUUUGUCCGUCGGAAUUGGCGAAUCACUCAAUGUGGUGGAACGGGCCGGAGUUCUUAAAAUCGAGCGAACAGUAUUGGCCGAGUCGGACGAUCGACGAUUCAUUGCAGGAGUUACCUGAACAGAAAAGAGUAGUCGCGGUGGCGCUUGUACCGGAACAAUCAGUCACACGAAAUAUCAUUGGCAGGCAUUCGAGUUUGGGUAGAGUGCUGCGAGUCGUCGCCUAUUGCUUGCGAUUCGCGCGUCGAGUCGCGUAUCGGGGGUCAUUUGUGUCGCACAACGAAAUGACAACGGCCUUAAGGGUGUUGACCAGGGCCGUGCAGCGCGAAUCGUUUCCCGAGGAAUAUCGCGCGAUGGAGGAGGGGCGAGCGAUCGCGACCUCAAGCAAACUUUUAUCAUUAACGCCAUUUCUCGACGGAAACGGAAUAAUUAGAGUCGGGGGCAGACUUAAAAAUUCUGCAUUGUCAUACGACACGCGCCAUCCGAUAUUAUUGCCAAAGGGUCACUGUUUAACAAAACUCGUCAUAAAGAGCGAGCAUGCGCGGAACUUACAUGCAGGCCUACAGGCAACGAUACACGCGGUACGCCAACGCUUUUGGCCUUUAGCCGUGCGAUCAACGGCACGAAAAAUUAUAAAAAAUUGUAUCACAUGUUUUAAAUGUAAACCAAGUGUAUCACAGGCCCUGAUGGCAGAUCUACUGAAAGCUCGGGUUACGGUAUCGCGACCAUUCACGCACACGGGUGUCGAUUACGCCGGUCCGAUAUUUCUAAAGGAGGGAAAGCGGCGCAAUGCGAGGUCACAUAAGGCCUAUAUAGCAAUAUUUGUGUGCUUCGCGACCAAGGCCGCACACAUCGAGAUCGUGAGCGAUCUCACGAUAGAGGCGUUUUUAGGAGCGUUAAAACGAUUUGUGUCGCGUAGAGGAAGCCCAACGGAUAUUUACUCCGAUAACGGCACAACGUUUGUCGGGGCCAAUAGACAAAUCAGCGAAUUUUACGAUCUUAUUAAAGACGAGCAGUCCCAACGAACAAUAAAGGAAAGCCUACGAAGCCACGAGAUAACGUGGCAUUUUAUACCGCCCCAUGCGCCACAUUUUGGAGGUCUGUGGGAGGCGGCUGUCAAAUCAGCCAAAUCACACAUGCGUAAAGUAGUUGGUAACGCGGGCCUCACGUUGGAAGAGGCGCAAACACUAUUCUGCGAGAUCGAGGCGGUGAUGAAUUCGCGGCCACUCACCCCGUUGAGUACAGACCCCAGCGAUUUAAAAUGUAUUACACCCGGUCAUUUCUUGAUUGGUUCGGCAUUGAACAGUUUCCCUACCCCUAAUUUGACUGAAGAAAAGGAGAAUUGGUUGAAGCGGUGGCAGCGUGUGGAGCAGAUGCGCCAACAUUUUUGGAAACGCUGGAGCGCGGAAUACCUGCACACGUUAAUUGAGCGUCAAAAGUGGAAAACGAGUAAGGGAGAGCGAUGCAAAGUCGGACGAAUCGCAUUAAUCCGACAACCUGGACUGGGACCGAUGCAGUGGGCUCCUCGGAAGAAUAGAGCAGCUGCACACAGGCGCCGACGGAGUUACCCGAUCGGCCACCUUGAGGACGACGAGGGGCAGCAUUACUCGUCCGAUAACCAAAAUAGCCAUGCUGCCACUGGAGGACAAGGAACAAACACAGUUGCAGCAAUGUCAAAAUGUCCGCUUUGGUCCGCAAGAACGUUUCUGAAAUAUUACGGGAAUAUGACUAUCCUAGGUAGUAACCCAGAUAGCACACGGACGUCCUUAGGACGUCCUCAGGACGUCCAGGACGGACUUCGUGGAUAUUUUGAGGACAUCCUGAUUUUAUCCCUGGACGUCCUCAGGACAUCCUGA